AUGCCAUAUCUUCAGACCUCUCAUAUCUAUACUCGUCUGCGAGAAAAUCUCCCCUCAACCCCCAUCUCCACGCCAAUAUCCGCUGUCUUCUCUUGGAAUCGAGGGGACUCUUCAACGACAAAAGGCGACCCUCGGAAAAGCGUCAAAUGGAUCGACGGCCUUCGUGGAAUCGCCUCUUUUCUAGUUGUUCUCACCCACCUCGCCCGCGCCUGGGACUAUGACCUCUUCUCUCCACGAGAUAACGAGGAUGUCUCUCCGAGAAUUUUACAAUGGCCUAUUCUGCGCAUCCCCUGGCAAGGCCGUAUUGGGGUUACUAUAUUCGCAUUUUUGACUGGCUACGUCUGUGGCCUGAAACCUCUCAAACAAUCACGCGCCGGCGACAUUAUGGGGGCAUUUACAACAAUAUCCAAAAGUGCAUUCCGCAGACCACCACGCUUGAUAUUCCCUGCCACAAUCGCUAUGGUUAUUUCUUGGGUUAUUGCUCAGUUUGGAGGCUUUGUUGUGGCUAAUCGAUCAGAUUGUUGGUGGUGUCGGUAUGCGGCGCCGGAGCUGGAGGACUCGCUAUGGGAUGAAAUUCUUCGUUUGGGGAAGAAUUUCUUGUCAACGUGGACAACUGGGUAUAUGGCAUAUGACGAUCAUCAGUGGGCGCUACUGCCCCUCUUGAAGGCAUCUAUGCUGGUAUACAUUCUGCUAUUUGCUACGAUGUUCAUGCGAUUCCGGUACAGGAUGAUGGUUUACAUCGGGAUGAUGCUAUACUUCCACCAAGAUGCUGCGAAGGAUACUGAGACAUUCCAACUGCAAGCAGUCUACGGCAUACUCCUCAGCGACCUCUCCUACUCAACAACAGUCAAAAACUGGAUUGAAAACCACCCCUACGGCCGAAAAGCAAUUUCCAUGCCAUUAACAUUCUUCGGCCUCUGCAUUGCUUCUUAUCCAGGCGAGCAUCCAGAAUGGUCCCCGUGGUCAAACUGCCUCCUCAAAAUGGCAGAAUACAUAUUUCCCCCCGAGGUAAACAUCGGCAAACGCUACACAGCCCUUGCAAUCGACAUGAUCAUUUUAGCAAUCUACAUAUCACCAUCGACGAAAGACUUCUUAUCAAACAGACUCCUCCUGUGGCUGGGUAAGCAAAGCUUCGCCGUCUAUCUAAUCCACGGCACAUUACUGCGCGUUGUGCUCGUUUGGAUGCUCUACGGUAUUAGCGGACAGCCGUGGGAUGGAAGUGAAGCCGCUACCGACGAUGAACGAGAUUGGAUACCCCUCCGUCCACCGGUGGUAGUUGCCUUUUGCAUCCCAAUUUGGAUAGGAAUCGUGUAUGCUUGUGCUGCGGCGUGGACGGCGUAUGUCGAUACAUUUUGUGCAUCUUUGACGCAGAAGGUUGAGCGGGCUGCGUUUGUGGAGGAUGAAAAGGCCCCUUUGCCUUUACCGCUUGUUUCCGUUCCUAUGCAAACUGCUUGA